AGACUGGGAGCCGUGCGGUCUCUGACAGCCAGCUCUGUUUUGUUGGAGUAAACACAAACUCCUCCUUCCCGGUGACAGGCGGCAACGCUGAAGCGUCGCCUCGCCUUUUCCAAGACAAUCUGAGCUCGGGACCUAAUGUUGAACCCCUCAAGGUGGUGAACGUCCGUUUGAGGAUUCCAGCGCUGCACACGUUCAGGUCGCCUGCUGCUUGAUAAACAAGUGAAGAGCCACAGUCGGAUCCGGGGGAUCGUCUCUCCUUACUGGGAAACAAACCUCCCACCCCCACAGCUUCUGUCCAACUCCCGACUGAAGACAACAACAACAAGAAUGUGACCACUGCACUCGGACAGCACCAUGUGACUUAUGGAUCUGAGAAUCGGCAUCCAUUGAAUCAACACUCAUCCAGUCACAAUGGUCCCGCUUGUGUUUUUGGUGGCAACCACAACAACAUUCAAUGCCACUGGCAAUGGCAACCAUACACAAGAAGACGCUCUCUUCCCCAGCCACCACGUUGUCCCCGCUGUGCUGGUUCUGUCCCUGCUGCUGCUCAUCAUCAUACUGCUAGCCUGGUACUUCCUCAGGAGAAACCAGAGAAAAGCAGUCGUCACAACAGUUGACAAGAAGAUGCCAAAUGGCAUCCUGGAGGAACAAGACCUCGGAUACAGUACUGAGUCGUUAUGCACCAUUGUACCACCAGAGCAACAGACGGUGGUACUUCUGCCCAGAUCCCCUUCGGCCUCCAAGACCUACUUGCCCAUCCCGGUCGACCACCUCGAGGAGGAGUACAGGCUCCGGUCGGCUGACGAUGGCAAGCUCUUCAGAGAGGAGUACAAUUCCUUGCCGGGAGGUAAUGCCCAGGGAACAUACGAGGAGGCCAACAAGGACGAAAACAAGGAGAAGAACAGAUACCCCAACAUCCUUCCUUAUGAUCAUUCCAGAGUGGUGUUGACUCAACUGGAUGGAAAUCCCUGUUCAGACUAUGUGAAUGCUUCUUACAUAGAUGGUUACUCGGAAAAGAACAAAUUCAUAGCCGCACAAGGUCCUAAAGAAGACACCGUAGCAGAGUUCUGGAGAAUGAUAUGGGAGCAGAAAGUGGCGACCGUUGUCAUGCUGACAAAUCUGAAAGAAAGAAAAGAAGACAAGUGUUACCAGUACUGGCCCGACCAGGGCUGUUGGACCUAUGGGAAUGUGAGGGUGGCCGUCGAGGACUUCACGGCUCUGGUGGAUUACACCAUACGCAAGUUCUGUGUACAAUAUCAAGCCAGUGAUGCCGCUAAGACCCCUCGUCCGGUCACCCAGCUCCACUUCACCAGCUGGCCUGACUUUGGAGUUCCCUUCUCUCCCAUCGGCAUGCUCAAGUUCCUCAAAAAGGUCAAGGCGGUGAAUCCAGCCUUCUCUGGGCCCAUUGUCGUCCACUGCAGCGCCGGUGUCGGGAGGACGGGAACAUUCAUCGUGAUAGACGCCAUGAUUGACAUGAUGCACACGGAGCAGAAAGUCGAUGUGUUUGGGUUCGUCUCCAGGAUACGAGAGCAGCGCUCGCAGCUAAUUCAGACAGAUAUGCAGUACUCAUUCAUCUACCAGGCCCUACUUGAAUACUACCUCUAUGGAGACACGGAGUUGGACGUGUCGUCUCUGGAAGGACAUCUGCACAAACUGCACAACACGUUUGCGAACGGUGACCGGGUCGGACUGGAGGAAGAAUUUAAGAAACUGACCAACAUGCGAAUAAUGAAGGAGAACAUGAGAACGGGGAACCUUCCAGCCAACAUGAAGAAGAACAGAGUUCUGCAAAUUAUUCCAUAUGACUUUAACCGAGUUAUUCUCUCUAUGAGAAGGGGUCAAGAGUUCACCGAUUACGUCAACGCGUCCUUUAUAGAUGGAUACAGACAGAAGGACUACUUCAUCGCCACACAAGGACCCCUGCAACACACAGUGGAGGACUUCUGGAGGAUGGUGUGGGAAUGGAAAUGUCACUCCAUCGUCAUGCUCACUGAGCUCCAGGAGAGGGAGCAGGACAAGUGUUGCCAGUACUGGCCCACGGAGGACUCGGUCACCUAUGGAAAUUACACGGUAGAGCUGAAGGGAGACACUCUGUGUGACACCUUCAGUCUACGAGACUUGGUACUCACCUUUGUCCCGGAGAAGCAGACGAGGGUGAUCAGGCACUUCCACUUCCACGGCUGGCCCGAGAUCGGCAUCCCGGCCGAGGGGAAAGGCAUGAUCGACAUCAUCGCCUCGGUGCAGAGACAACAACAGCAGUCUGGGAACCAUCCCAUCGUCGUACACUGCAGUGCUGGUGCAGGGCGAACAGGUACGUUCAUUGCACUGAGCAAUAUCUUGGAGCGAGUCAAGGCCGAAGGCCUCCUGGACGUGUUCCAAACUGUGAAGAGUUUACGCAUGCAGAGGCCUCAUAUGGUCCAAACUGUGGAACAAUAUGACUUCUGCUACAGGGUGGUACAAGACUUUGUCGACAUUUUCUCAGACUAUGCCAAUUUUAAAUGAUGAGAUUUGCCUUAAACACGGUUUUUAAUGUUGUUUUCUAAAGCAGGUUUGUCAGUUUUAAUGCGUUUCCUUAACUCAGUCAAAUGAUCUUCUAUUUUGCUAUGCACUCGUCCAACCAUUAACUCCAGCUCCCGUGUCGCUGUAAUAUGCGGUAUGUCAGUGGAUGAAACGUGUAAAUGGAAAAAAAAAAGAAAAGAAACUAGAUUAAUAAUGUAUAUUUCACAACAUGUAUGAAAAUUGCUUUGUCGAUGACGUGUCGGUUUCAGAUUUCAGUUUUUGUUGUAUAAUAUUGUACUUUAAAUGUUUAUCUAAGUGUUAUUUUGAAUUGACCACAUAAUAUUUUUUGAAAGAUGUAGUUAUUGUAAAUGUAUUUAUGUAUUGACACCGACAUUCCUCUCUUGUGUUUGGAGAACGUGACCGGAAUGUUAAAAUUUCCAUUUUAUUUUUGAAUUUUUUUCUUCUUUUUUUGUUGUUGUUGUUGUUGUCAUUGAUUGUAAGCAUCCAUUACUUCAUUUACAAAGACUGAGGACUGAUGACUUCUGAGAUUUUAAGGCUGAUACUGAAGCUAUUUUCCAUUCUCCUCAAGCUACGUGCUCGUCGUGAAUGCGAUACUCUCUCCGAUGGAAAUACUGUCAGGAGAAAAAAAAAAAAAGAAAAAAAAGGGAGAGAACAUUGGAGAUAUUUAUGCAACAAAACGGCCGAUGGCUUUGUUGAUUAUUCCAGUACGGAUUCAGGCAGGUAAACGUAUCACAGGCCAUGAAACUGGUUUUAUACCUCAAAAAAAAGUGGCAUGCACCUGCAUUCGACGUGGAUGUAACAUCACUAAAGUCUGCCUUUAAUGUCGAGAAGUGUUUUGCUGAAACGACUGCACAUUACAAAGCACAUAACUAAGCCUUUUUGCCAAGAACCCAUGUAAUGACGUUUAUCGCUUUGUUUGUAUUAGAGAUUUUUCACAAAUUAGUGCCAUAUGUGCUUUUUUUUUUUAGUAGAACAACAAACCCAAGUUAGGCAGGAUUAGGAAUGAUCAUACUACCGCUCACCAAACGCAGUAUAUUUUACGAUGAAGUCCUUAAAUCUGUAACUAACCAGGCGCUUCCGUCUCCUCCUUAAAGCCAGAUUAACGUACUGUCAUCGUCCAAUUCAGCGUUCAAAGGAGGACCCGGAAAUGUUUCACGGUGUCUCAGUUGUGGUUUCAUUCUCUGGAAAGUAUCUGAAUGUCAAGCAGCUUUUUCUGUGCGUUCCCCAUGAGGCAGCGACUCGGAGCCGCCUGGUACGUGGACGUUAAAUAACUCCUUCUGUUGACGCUGCAUGUAAAUACUACAUGGCAAAAAUAAAAAAAGAACAGAAAAGAAAAGAAUGUCGUGAGGGUCGCCGAGCACCAAGGAACCGUCAAGUGAUUGGUCAUAUUCCGCGUGCUACUACAUGUAUAUGUCUGUGGGAGGCGACGUGAGGCGGCAGCAGCAGCAGAUGCACAAGAGGAAACAAAGACUUCAGAGACAAGAGUCUUAUUUUCCCCCACGGCCCCUUUUUCUGUCCAUGUCGUCCAUUUGAGGAGAAAAAAAAAUAAAUAAAAGAGGGCCUGUUUUAACUACA